AUGAAAGCAGAAAUAAGAGCUGUUGUUCUGGGGUGGCAGAAAUCUGACAAAGCCUCAGUGAUAAACAGCAUUUUAGGUGUUGAAGUUGAAACUGACAAAUACUUUGUGAAGUCUGUGAAGAAAGACGGUGAAGUGAAUGGAAGGAAAAUAACUCUGAUCAACACUGCAUGUUGGUGGGAGAAAUUCAGUUUGCAAGACUCACCAGAGGUUGUCAAACAGGAAGUGGCUUGCAGUGUCUUCCUGUGUGAAACGGGGCCUCACGUCUUUCUCAUAGUCAUUAAUCUCAGUUUGCCUUUUACUGAAGAAAACAGACUCAGCAUUGAGGAGCACCUUGGUCUCUUUGGUGAGAGAGUCUGGAAACACACAAUAGUGAUCUUUACAGGAGCUGAUUCACUAAAGGACAAAUCCACUGAGCAGCACAUAGAGAAUCAAGGAGAAGAUCUGCAGCAAAUCCUAGAGAGAUGUGGAAAAAGAUACUAUGCUUUUGAUUUCAAAAACAAAAGUGAUAGAGUCAAAGAGCUACUUGUCAAAAUUGAUGAUGUUGUGGCAGCAAACAAUGGCAAGCAUUUUGAAACACAAGAUGACAUGCUGCUUGACAUUCAGAGCAAGAGAAAUAAAACCAAAGAAAAAGCAGAAGCCAGACAAAAAAGUUUGCUGGACAAAAGAAACCUGCUGAAAGAUAUAUACGCUGUGGCUCCGCUCUCAGAACUGAGAAUUGUUCUGCUGGGUUGGAUUCUGUCUGGGAAGAGUUCAACCGGAAACACCAUCUUCAAUCAUGAAAUAUUUCAUACAGGAAGAGCAAAACACCAUACUGGUGUUGUAAAUGGCAGAAAAAUAACCGUGUUGGACACCCCAAACUGGUGGAAGUAUUUCUCAUCUAAAUACAACCCAAAAUUUGCACGGGCUGGAAUCCUGGAGAGUGUAGGCCAAUCGCAACAAAUGCAGUUCCCUCACGCCAUGAUCCUAGUGAUUCCUAUUGAUACCUCACUCAAGAAUGAACAGAAAAGAAUCAUUAAAGAGUACAUGGCCACUCUUGGAGAAGAUGUCUGGAGACACACCAUAGUUCUGUUCACAUGGGGUGACAGAUUUCCAGACAUCUCAAUCGAGCAGCACAUUGAGAGUGAAGGUGACGCUCUCCAGUGGCUGGUUGAGAAAUGCAGGAACAGAUAUCACGUCUUUGACAACUCAAACAAGAAUAACCGAGAUCAAGUCACAGAGUUGCUCCAGAAGAUUGAUGAGAUGGUGGCAGAAAACAGUCUGUUCUGCUUCAAUACUCAAUGUGCUGCAGAAAAAAACAUUCAUGAGACUGACACACAACAAGAUGAGGAAAUAAGUCUGGAUGCUGACCAUGUGCUGCAAUUACUACAGCAGGAGAUUAUCAACAGGUUUACGGAAAUCAAAAGUAAACUAAAACACUUAGGGAUGGAUUUCACUGGAUGUAUAGAGGCCCAAAGUCACAGAAGCAUGUCAGAGCCUCCAGGCUUCUCAGCUGAUGAGAAUCUCAUGGAGAAGAUAAGGAGAGAAGGGAGCAGAUGUGAAGUAAUUUUAAUGGAUGCACUCUUGAACAUUCAAAAUGAAGCAUCAUCUGAUUCACUUGAGAAGGUGUUGAGGUGGUUUCAAAAAUGUGAUGAAUGCAGCUCAAUCGAAUCUGGAACAAGCUCCAUCAUCAGCAAUCUAGAAGAUCCAGAGCCCAGAGGCAUAAAAAGACGUAAAGAGCAGUUUGCAGAAUGA